GGCUCGGAGAUUGUUGUCCCGCGUGAUCUUGCGAGACCUUGUGACUUCCUGUUUAUGCGCAUCGUUUGUGCGCAGUCAAAAUUUGGCGUGUUUCAAACGUAUUUUUUUUGUUCACUAAAACACAAAUAUCUCUAUUUUCGCUGCGUAUCUAUUUACAAAAUGGUGAAGUUGACACCGGAAUUGAUCCAACAGGCGCAACAAUAUACGAAUCCAGUGCGGGACAGAGAAUUGACUCUCCGAGGAUAUAAAAUUCCAGUCCUAGAAAAUCUGGGAGCGACUCUCGAUCAAUUCGACACAAUCGAUUUUUCUGACAAUGACAUUCGUAAGCUUGAUAGCUUUCCAUUAUUAAAGAGAUUAAAAACCCUUCUUUUUAACAAUAACAGAGUUUCAAGAAUCACAGAAAAUCUUGAAGAAAGUUUACCUAAUUUGGAAACAUUGAUUCUCACCAAUAACAACAUGCGCGAGUUGGGCGAUAUUGAUGUGUUAUCAACUGUAAAAACAUUGUCCACUCUCAGCUUACUCGGAAACCCUAUCACCACUAAAGAACACUACAGACUUUAUAUUGUGCAUACACUGCCAAAUCUGCGUCUGUUAGACUUUAGGAAAAUCAAACAAAAGGAACGUGAUGCUGCUCAACGUUUGUUCAAGGGGAAAAGAGGAGCCAACCUUAUCCGUCAGAUUGGUCAGAAGUCUAAUACCUUCGUACCAGGUGGAAAUAUUCCAGAAAAGCGAGUUGCUCCUCCUAAAGAUGUUGAGGCAAUCAAGAGAGCCAUAGUGAAUGCAAAGAGUUUAGAGGAGGUUGAACGUCUAACCCAAAUGCUCAGGACUGGUCAAGUACCAGGUGGUGCUGGCGAAAAGGAAGAAAUGAUGGAAGUCAAUGGUCACUAGACGAUAUAUCCUCAGCAAAAGAAAAACCACAUUGAUAAAUAACCCACGUUUUACAAUUGAAGGCCAGGAACCUCUGCAAAAUGACUAAUAUAAUUUUUCUUGAUGGUUCUUCAGUUGUAAGCCAAAAUCAGAGUUUGAGGUUCACCACAGUGUAUCUGCAACAUAUGAUUAACAGCUAGUAUUAAGGGUAAGUCAA